CAUCGCCUACAGCUGCGAAUUCCCCACCGUUUCGGAUCGCCGACUCUGUCCAGGUGUACUCGCUAGCGAUCGAAUCUAGGUACAGCUGGGUGGUUGAUAUUUUUCUCCGAAGGACACAAAGUCCUGAUUAAUUAACAGGACAAAUGAGGCGAGGUCGAGAAUGCGGGGAAUAAGGUCAUAAUCCACGUAGGUAUGGGAUGUUCGCUCGCAUGUAGUUCAGAGGUAGCUGCGUGACGCUACUAUACCCCCGGUAUCGAGCGACCUACGGUGCUCAACGGCGUCUAGGUCUGCUCGGAGAAUCGAUUAUUUCGGAGAGAAAGCCAAGCCUUUCUUCGACGAGAAACCGGAGGGUAGUUUGUUAUGGAGGGUCGCGCGGGCAGCGUUCGCGGGGUUUCCUCCUGUUCGUCGAGCACCUCGAUUCCUCAGAGCACCGUCGCAGCUCAGGAUGCGAAGCGGAGUUCGGGGGGUAACAUCGAACUCUCGGUGCAAGGCGCGGCUGACGACAAGAACAGUCCGUCGAGGGUGCCGAGGAAAUUCAUCGCCAACUGGAGACAGGCGUGCGACCGUACGAGAGACAGGACGAAGGAACUGUUGAAGAGAUGGAGAACGGUGCCCGGGCAGGAAGGUGAAUUCGUCAACGUCGAUACCCCCGUCAAAGAGCUCGACCAUCCCGGAUGGAGCGUUCACGUCUGGACUACCUGGGUGAGUAGAUUCCCCAGCGACGAGAGCCUGACGACGAAUGAAAUACCGACCAGAGACAUAGGAGCUAUUCAAUGGCUUGCCCCGUCUCAGCGUGACAAGCUCUCGCACUUUUUUACCUAUCUGUUGGACCAUCGCAGGGACGGAAUCAUCACCAAGAAGGAUUUCGAGCUGUUGUCCGAGCGUUUGAGGAGGUUCGCGGACUGGUCGAAAAACAGCCCCGAGUAUCUGCGGCUGAUGGAGAUCGAACGGGGCUUGGUCGAAGCGAUCGUGGAUCAGAGUGGGAUGCGGGGGGAGAAUGACCUAAGCCAGGUGGAUCUGGACGAGUGGCUCAAUUGGUGGGCACGUCAGAUCGCUGCGCCCAGUGGGAUCAGCUUUCGGGAGCUCCCUCUCUGGGUCAAGGCCUUUCCCCGGGUUCUUUUCCUCGCGAUAAACGCUUCGGGAACCGGCCGAAUCACAAAGGACGAGUUAGCCGCUUUUUACAGCUUCGUCAUCGGCUUUGACUCCGAUCGGAUAAAAAAUUGCAUUGAUGCGGCGUACCGCUCGAUGACUUCGAACGGAGACCACCCCCUAGGUUGGUCCCAGUAUCAGCUGGUAUUCGCCAACUUCCUCUUCGGUCGGGGUCCCUUCGGCCCCGGGGAACACCUCCUCGGGAUGACGGAAAGCUGCUUCCUUCGCGGCGACUCCAUCACUUUCCCGAUCGAUUACUCCGCCAUGAACACCCCCGUCGACAAAAUGGAAGUCUACAAUCCUAAUAAUAAAACCAACCGACGUAGCGUCGUCGUUUAAGACUAUUCAAAAUUCUCGUCGCGAUCCAUUCCGGACCGGAGAAGUGUAGUUUUCUUGCGACCAUAACUUUCACUCCCUCUAUGCAACAUUUUCACGCUUCUAAUAGAGCGAGAGUGGCGCGUACGAAUGUCAAGUAGUAACGGUCACUGUCGGGUCAGACGCCAUUUUAUCUUCGAGAUUUCCGUUGUCAUCCGUCCGGGACCGAAAGAGUAUAGUUUUCCGAUGAACGUGAUUUCCACUCAUUCCAAUGCUAUGCAACAUUUUCACGCCUCUAAUAAAACGAGAGCGGUACCAUAGAUGGUACGUACGUGUGUGUAUCAAGUAGUAACAGUCACUGUCGGGUCAGACGCGUUUCAUCCCGUGCUCAUUUCUGUCUUUAAUUUCUUCCCGUUGACUCGAUAGAUUCAUCGGGAUGGGAGAGUACACGGGUGAACCGUUGAAACGGUAAAAUAUCACUUUGCGAAAAUGUAGCCAACCUGCACAAUCUUCGGGGAGGUCGUACGCCAAAGACGUAUUGUCUGCUCCGCACCUGCAGCGCGUACCGCCGACCGAAAAUACCAAAAAUCAGGAGACGUUUACAGACGUUUUGUCAAUAUCGAUCGAUGCUAUUUUGUGUUUAUUUACUCGCAGCAUUCCGAGCUCGUGACUCAGGCAAUUUCAAUGUUUUUGUCUCCGAAUCAUUUAUUCGGUGUAAUAUUUAAUAUAUAUCAUUAUAUAAGUAUAUACAUAUACAGAUAUGUGAUUACAUCUUGCGAUUAUUAUUUCAGCCUUCGUUACGUCAGAAGCGAAUACGGCGCAAUUGAUUCUUUUUUUGUCCAGCGCACGACCGACGUCCUCGAUCUUAUUCCCGUUUCCUCGGUAUCGACCGUAUGUAUAUUUUUUGGCCCAUCCACCGCCACAACGAUGACAUCAUUCCACCAUAUUCCAUGUUAUACGUGUAUAUUUGUUUUUACAAAGAUAUAUUGUAUGAAUAUAGCGACGUGAUGUUUUCUUAUCACAAUUGAUAACUGUUAUUCCUGAAACUUGAUUCACAAUAAAACGGAUAAUAUACUCCAUCCGAUAUGA